AUGAGCCGACUUCCCCCAAGCAUGUGGUGUGUCGUGCCGAUUGGAUAUAACUCAUCUUAUCCAUUAAGAUGCUGGGUGCUUCUGUCUGAUUGGUCAGCUCUUGAUCCAAUCCGUUUCUGCAUCUCUCCACUUGCUUCUCAUCCACUCCUGAAGCUACUCUCUCUCAGUAGUUGGUGUUGCAUCCUGAUUCGUCCAAGUCAUUUCGUCUCCAUUGAGCACCUCAAUGUCUCGUCUGAUUGGUUUGGACGAUUCUUGUCUCUCAUGAGCAGCUGGGUGUCUCUCCCUGAUAGCAUUAGGUCUUCUUGGAGCUUAUCCACGCCCUCUCUCCUCUUUAGCAGCUGGUGUCGUUGCCCAAUUGGCUUAGGCUUGCUUCGUCUUCAUUCGGUAGCUGGAUGUUGCUACAUGAUUGGCUGA